GGCGGCCAAGGACGCGCGCGAGCCGAUCUCGUUGUGCGAGAGCCCACCAGAAGUGCCCAUCGUAGAUCUCCCGGAGUCUUUUGUAUUGGCAGAGACGAGAAUUUUUGACGAAAUCCCUGUAUUUGUGGUAUCUGCGGACUGCUGGGACGCGCCUCGCCUACUCAAAGUGUAUCCUUUCGUUCCGGACGGCACGAGCGGGCAAAUGGAUUCGUCUUUUCGGCGACUGUACGACAACGAGGUCAGCGCAUAUGCAUACCUACUGCACCAUGGUGCCUGCGCCAAGGAGGUCGUGCCGAUAUGCUUUGGCCGCGUCACUCUUACCACGUCCCAAGUGGCGCAGAUACUCACCAUGUGCUCACUCUCGGAUGCGAUGCGCACAACGCUACGCAGGGCGGAUGCCUAUGGCGCGCUUCUCCUGGAGCACAUCUCGGACGGGCAGCACUUCACGAUAGAAAACAUCACGAACGACCUGACGAGCAGAGCGCUGCAGGCCCUCUACGAGGUACAUACGUCUUUCGUUUGUCAUGGCGCGCUCGGCUGCCGGAAUGUCCUCUUCCUUGAACGCGAGCUUCCGCCGGUCAUUGUCGAUCCAUCCCGCACUCUCGCUCCUGGUAUGAGCUGGACAGCAAUCAGAAACGAGCGGGAGCGGCGCAAGAUUCGUAUCGUCUGGCUCAACUUUGCUAAUGCCUCCUGCCCCGCGACGACGUCCAACUUCCCGCGAAACGGAUUGGCUAUGAGAAGGCCUUUACGUCAUAGAUGGCAUUGUUGCACCGUAAUUUCUCACCAUGAGGUCUAACGCGUCGGUGGGCUCGCCGAUUGUCCGCCCAUGUAAAC